UGCUGUUCCUCCACUGCCCAGACGCCACCUGCUCUCAGUGAAGCUCGGGAGACUAAAGUGGAAGACAGGGGCAGAGUGAAUAUAAAAAGGAGCCACCCUGGAAAAUUAGGUGGGUUCCCCCUUCCCUCCUUCUCUGUUAAACUAUUCAGCUAAAAGCCUCUGGGACACUGGGGCUGCAUCCACAUCAGCCAAAGCACUUUGCUGAGGGAAAAGCAGAGGGGCUCCUGGUGUGCUGAGAAUGGCAGCAGGACUUCCCUAACAGGGCACAGCUAACUGGGAGAGGAAAUAAAGACCAGGAAACAGCAGAGGCUUCUCAGCACUGUUUAAUGUCUUGACAGCAACAUGAGUCUCAAAGGAUCUACCAGCAGCCAGCCUGGCUCUGCAAACAGCAGCUUGGGCAAAGCAGAUGGUGCUUUGAGAAUGAGUGCAAAAGAUUUAUACGAACAAAGGAAGAAAUAUUCCAACUCCAAUGUAAUUAUGCACGAGACAUCGCAGUACCAUGUACAGCACUUAGCCACAUUCAUCAUGGAUAAGAGUGAAGCCAUUGUGACAGUGGACGACGCCAUCAGGAAACUGAUGCAGCUCAACUCUAAAGAGAAGAUCUGGGCCCAGGAGAUGCUGUUGCAAGUGAAUGACAAGUCCAUCCGACUCCUAGACUGCGAGUCACAGGACGAGCUGGAGGAAUUUCCCCUGCCGACGGUCCAGCUCUGCCAAACCGUGCUGAAUCAGAUGCGCUACACCUCCAUCCUCCUGCUGGUGUGCCAGGACUCCGAGCAGCACAAGCCCGAUAUCCACUUCUUCAACUGCGACGAGGUGGAGGCGGAGAUGGUCCACGAGGACAUAGAAAGUGCACUCGCCGAUCACAAGCAGGGAAAGAAGAUACGGCCGCAGACGCUCAAAGUAAACCAGGAGAAAAUAAAGCAGCGACAGUCUAUACUCCCACCGCCUACAGGGCCAGCUCCUAUCCCUAUCCAGCACGAGAUGCGAGGCUCACCAAUGAACCACAGGAACCGGGUGGCUCCCCCACCAGAGCAUAAUGAACCAGAAUUUGAACGACGCAGCUCCAGCUCCCAGGAGCAUGAAGAGUCCCGAGCGAUCUUAGCACAGAAGAUUGAAAAAGAAACGCAAACCCUGAACUGCACCCUGGAUGACAUUGAGGUGUUUGUCGCCCGGCUUCAGAAAGCGGCAGAGGCAUUCAAACAGCUGAACCAACGGAAGAAAGGGAAGAAGAGCAAGAAGAAAGCGCCAGCAGAGGGGGUACUGACUCUUAGAGCAAGGCCUCCAACGGAGGCUGAGUUCAUCGACUGCUUCCAGAAAACCAAGCUGGCUCUCAACCUCCUGGCCAAAUUGAGAAAGCAUAUCCAGAACCCAAGUGCUUCAGAACUAGUGCAUUUCCUGUUUGGGCCACUGGAACUGAUCAUCCAUAGCUGUGGAGGCCCUGAACUCGCAAGGUCUGUCGUCAGCCCGCUUCUCUCUAAAGACACCACAGAUUUCCUGAGAGGACACCUGACACCGAAAGAGAUGACGCUCUGGGAGUCCAUUGGAGAGACAUGGACCAGAUCCAGAGCGGAAUGGCCUAGAGAGUCUGCUGUCCCAACCUACAUCCCAAAGUUCCGCAAUGGAUGGGAGCCGCCCCUGGAAAUCUUCCGCGGAGCCCCAUGGGAAAUAGACAUUGGACAUUUACAAGAAGAGCUGUCAUCAGCCAAUGGAUAUCCCUAUCGUAACUCAUCGAUAAAACGUGGACAGACACCUGAUCAAACACAAGCAGUUACUCAACAUGUAAAUAGGAAUUUCGAGGCACAAGGGAUGGCCCAGCCGAAGAAAUAUGCCAAAAUCCGCUAUGAUUUCACUGCUCGAAAUGCCAAUGAACUCUCAGUGCUGAAGGAUGAAGUCCUGGAGGUGUUGGAAGAUAAUAAGCAGUGGUGGAAACUGCUAAACCGGAGCGGGCAGGCUGGUUAUGUCCCCUAUAACAUCCUGGAUGUGGUGAAACUGGAAGAUUAUGAACAGAAGUACAGAGGAGACUUGAGUCCGAGAGGAAUUGGUCCUGCCAGCCCUACUCACAGGAUUCCUGGUAGCUAUGCUGGUGAUAAAUGGGGAAGUGAAAUGUUAGCCGGCAACUCUCCUCACAAUGCCAAAGAACAACUUAUCCAUCAUAUGGAUGAGGUGAAUGAUGAGCUGCUGAAGAAGAUCACAACUAGUAAAGUUCAGCCCCCCCACAGAAACUUUAAGGUGGAGAAGCCUCAGCAAGUUGCCGUGCCCCUGACGUUUGAGUCAAGCGCUGAAGAGGUCAAAGCGUGGCUGGAAGCAAAUUCCUUCAGCAAAGGGACCGUGGAGCAUCUUGGCAUACUUACGGGGGCCCAGCUUUUCUCUCUGAAUAAGGAGGAAUUGAAGAAAGUGUGUCACGAAGGAGCCAGGGUAUACAGUAAAAUUACAGUGCAAAAAUCUCUCCUGGAGAAAUGCGGAGGGGAUUCAGAGCUUCAAGAAAUUAUGAGACGUCGUCAAGAGAGGAGUGAUUCUGCUCUUUAAAGUUCUUUCUGCUUUUUUCAACUAUUAGUCAUAGUAGUGCAGAAAAAGGGAAUAACAAGCACCGAUCCCCGAUCAAAAUGAAAGAGACUACAGAGACCAUCACCUACCAGUAUAAUUGCCAGGAAACUGACAAUUCCUGGAACACUGUUGAUAAGGAGGAUACUCAUUCACCAAUAUGCUAUCAUGCUGGGAGAGAAGUUUUAGUAUUGCAUGAAAUAUUAUUUUUAUAUCUAUAUAUUUUAUACAGAAAUUUUAUGUGUAUGCAGUCCAGAGCAUGAGCAGGAUCUGAAUUCAUGGGAUUCUAAAUGUAGGAGGCAAGGCUGGAUUCAAGUUAAAAAAAACAAAAACAAAAAACACACACACACACCUAGAACCUCAUAAUAUACUGCUAUAUGGCUCUCCAUUGAUUUGAUAAAGCUCUAAAAAGAAGGCUAGAAAUAAUUCUCCCAACAAAGGACUGCUUGAAUGCUUAGAGUUUCUGUACCAUAAAGACUAGAGCUUUUUUCCCCCUUGUUUCCUUCUUGUCUGUGGCAGAAACACUAAGCAACAGUAUCCUGCGUUUCCCUGUUCAUGAAGGCCCAGCAGCAGUUAAGUUUCCUCCCUCUCUUCUACCCCUGCACUCCUCUCAAGCCUUAAAGAUUUUAAAACAAGGGCUGGGCCUGUCUGUACCUGAAAAUGAAAUUACAAUAGUGUGUAACAGAUUUUAGGGUUGGAUCACCCUGUUUAAACAUAUAUACAAUGCUACUGCUUUCUUUGAGGGGCAGGGAGUGUUUUAAUUAAACACUAAAGAGCAGUGAGUAAUACCCUGAAAUUAUUUGAAUUUGCCAGUUGGAAAGCAGUGUCCAACUACAUUCACCCACACAAUGGCUACCAGUGGAUGGGGCCUAAUGCGACUAUGCAGCAGUUUGACUUGGCAUUGAUCCCAACUGGCAAACCACAGUAUUGUCAAACCCAAGACUUCAACAAUCAGAAGAUAAACCCAUAAAACUUACUCCCAAUCUGAAACACACAAACACACACACAACCAUUCCCUAUGCAUGCAGCCCUGCGCCCUUCUUUAAUAAUAUAACAAUCUGACACAAGUAGUGAACAUCUAGGAAAUUAAAUGGAAGUUGGGAUGGCAAUUUCAUACACAAUUAAAAAAAUCUUUGGAAAAAAAAGUCUGAAAAAUUACUUAAUUUAGCAAAUACAUUUAUUAGUACUUUACUUCCUGUUUUUCCUAAUGCUGUUAAAUAUCUAGAUUGCACUGACAGGCUUUGAGAUUAUAUAUAUAUAUAUAUAUAAAUGACGAAGACAAGGUCCCUGCCCAAAGUAACAUAAUCAAGUAAUUGUGAAGUGAUAAUUUCGUAACACAUUUUAAAAAUCAGAACAAGUAUAAAAUAUAUUUCCUGGAUUUUAGCAUGCACAGUGAAAUUGGCACAUUUCCAGUCAACAGAACACAUACACCUUUUCUUGACUUUUUCACCAGCCUUACAGAGUGGGAAGGACAAAUAAAUUUACAGGUACUGCUCAUUGUCUGAGAUGGUAGUAAUAAAACUGGAGUAACGUCAAUCUGUUCUCUCCUUUAUCCACGUUAACUUUGGUUAAUGUUAAUGGAAAUUCUCGCCCUGAUCUUGCAAAGACUUACACUAGUGUUUACUUUACACUGAGUUUACACACAUUGACUUCAGUGGGAAUACACGCGCAUAAGCCUUUGCAGGAAGGGGGCCCAUGCUUGUAUAUUUAAUCAAAUACAGAAUGAUUCUUUAUACUGAACUGUAUGUACCUGUAAAUGGAAGAGUAGGUGCGGGAGUUGGUUUCUAUAUUAAAGAAUACCGAUGCAUUAUUUGUUUUUUGUAAAAUGUUUCUAAAUGGAUGAUUUUUUUUUUUAAAUAAAGCCUUAGACAAGGCCAUCAUUAGCACCAGUGGGGCUAAAAUGAUGACAGAGCAACAGUUAGAGAAAAUCAUCAGUGCAGAGAAGGCACUAGAUUGAGAGGAUAAUAUUCUUUCCCAUAUCAGCAGUUACGUACCAAGGUAGCUGGAAUUUGAAAAGGGCACUGGUUUGGCUCGGGGAGGAAUGAAGGAGAUCAUUCUUCUGGAGAACCAUCAGUUUUUGACUGGGGUAGAGGGAAAGCAAGCAUUAAUACUGGAAAAUGGUAACAGCGGUAUAAGGAUGGCGGGUUAAAUGAAUUCUAAAAAAACAAAAAUAAACCAAAAGGUGAGCUAAGAAGCAUAACACACCAUUUUUGUCUUUAUGUAUAAAGGAAACAAAAUCACCCACAAUUACAACUAUUUGGAUUUAUAUUAGCAGUCUAUUCAACAGUUCUGUAAAGAAUUGUUGCCAAAGCUGACAGCAUCUAUUAAAAUGCUAAAUCACAUCAUAGGUUUAGUAUCCAUAUGAAUGAGCUAUGCAUCUGAUAUAUUUGUACUGUCUGCAGAUAAAACUAUAAUGUACAUGAAUGUAAUUGAACUAAGGAUAAAAUGAUAUAACCAUGCACUGUUUAAGAUUAAUUAAAAUAGUUAAAUUAUAA